AUGGAUUUGAAAGCGUGGCUCUUCUUUGUUUCUGCGAUUGCAAUUCUUGGCCACUCAAAACUAGCUGCAGCACAAAAUCACCAUGCUCGAAGAGAACUUGCUGCUGACAUUCCAGGUUUCAUUAGCAUUGACUGUGGAAGCGAUGAAGAUUACCUUAACGAGGCAACUGGGAUUUCUUACAAGUCAGAUAAGGAAAUGAUAGAUACUGGAAUAGCUAUGACAGUGUUCAGUGACUUUGGUAAUAUUGAACGGAGGUUGCUAAGGAGCUUGAGAAGUUUUCCUAACGGAACAAGGAAUUGUUACACCCUAAGACCGGAGCAAAGCAAAUAUAAUAAUUAUUUGGUGAGAGCCACAUUCGGGUAUGGGAACUAUGAUGGCAAAAACAUGACCCCAACAUUUGACCUAUAUCUCGGCCCUAAUCGGUGGGACACAGUGAAUCCAGAAACUCCAGUUUAUUAUGAGAUUAUUUAUGCUCCCUCAACGGAUUACAUAGAUGUGUGUCUCGUGGACACCGGCCAUGGCGUACCCUUCAUUUCAACAUUGGAACUACGUCGUUUGGACAAUUCAAUUUAUCAAAUUGAUGAGGACGUGGCACUUUCUGUCCACCGAUAUAGCAUCGGCAUGAAAACAACUGAAUUAAGAAUCAGGUAUCCAGACGAUGUCUAUGAUCGCUAUUGGAACCCUUUCCCAUAUGAUAACCCUUGGAAUCCAAUAGCCACCAAUUCGGCAAUUUACACCAAAGGCAAUGAUAACCCAUAUAAAGUACCGGCCAAGGUGUUGCAGACUGCUGCCACAACAAUGAAUGCUAGCAUUCCCUUGAGCUAUUACUGGUCUCCCCCAGAUUCUCUUUCUAAAUAUUCUUUUAACUUUCACUUUGCUGAGAUUGAGAAGCUUGGAGCCGGGCAGCAGAGGGAAAUGACCAUCGAUUUGAAUGGUGACCGCAAACUCGCAGAAUCUGUUAAGCUUGAUUAUCUAAAACCACUCACCUUAGUCCAAGGUGAUCCCCCAAUUAAUGGAAGCCUGGUUCAAUUUUCAAUAAUUGCAACAGAGGGAACUAAGUUUCCUCCGAUCCUCAACGCCCUUGAGGUUUUUGUGUUAAGAGAGCUCCCAAAUAAACCAACGGCCGUAGGUGAUGUUGAAGCUAUCAUGGAAAUCAAGGAAUUGUACAGCGUGACUAGAAACUGGCAAGGCGAUCCAUGUGUCCCAAGUAACUUCUCAUGGGAUGGUUUGAAUUGCAGUAAUGACAAUCCUCCAAGGAUCAUCUCAUUAAACUUGAGCUCAAGCAAAUUGGCAGGGGAGAUUGCAGCUUCAUUCUCCAAUCUCAAAGCAUUGCAAUCCUUGGAUUUGUCAUAUAAUGAUUUAACAGGGCCAUUUCCAGAUGUUUUAGCGCAACUGCCGUAUUUGAACACCCUUGAUUUAAGUGGUAACAAGCUCACAGGUUCAGUUCCUGAGGCUCUUGUGCAAAGGUCUAUGGAUGGAAAAUUUGCACUGAGAGUCGGCGACAAUCCAGAUCUUUGUCUGCAGUUAGCUCCAUGCAAGAGAAAGAAGAAAAAUAAGUUGGUUAUUCCUAUUGUUGCAUCGUCUAUUAUAGCAGUCCUAGUCCUUCUGUCCACCUUUGCUGCUUUGGCUAUAUAUAGAAGGAAAAGAAAAAGAGUUGCCAAAUCGAACAUCAAAUCACAGAGUCGACGGUAUAGCUACUCUGAAGUUGUGAGUAUAACUAAUAACUUCAAAACCAUCAUUGGAAGAGGAGGAUUUGGAAGCGUGUACCUUGGCACACUGAAAGAUGAUACUCAAGUUGCUGUUAAGUUGCUCUCUCCUUCAUCAAACCAAGGCUAUAAAGAAUUUCAAGCAGAGGCACAACUCUUAAUAGUAGUUCAUCAUAGAAACUUGGUUUCUCUUGUUGGAUACUGUGAUGAGGGUGAUCAAAAAAAGGCACUCAUAUAUGAGUACAUGUCUAAUGGCAAUCUACAACAGCAAUUAUCAGUUACCAACACAUGCGUCUUAAAAUGGAAUGAGAGACUUCAUAUUGCAGUGGAUGCAGCACAUGGAUUGGAGUAUCUACAUAAUGGUUGUAAGCCACCUAUAAUCCAUAGAGAUUUGAAAACUUCCAACAUUUUAUUAAAUGAACACAUGCAAGCCAAGAUAGCUGAUUUUGGGCUAUCUAGAGCCUUUGUGAAUGAAAAUGACUCUCAUGUGUCAACUCGUCCAGCUGGCACAUUAGGGUACCUCGAUCCUGGAUUUCAAGCAUCUAGAAUCUUCAAUAAGAAAAGUGAUGUCUAUAGCUUUGGGAUAAUUUUGUUUGAGCUGAUCACUGGCCAACCUGCAAUAGUAAGAGGCCCUGUGAAAAACAUUCACAUAUCUGAAUGGAUUAAUCCUUUGAUUGAACGGGGGGAUAUUCAGAACAUUGUCGAUCCAAGGUUAGAAGGAGCAUUCAACACCAAUUCAGCUUGGAAAGCUGUGGAGAUAGCCAUGUCAUGCAUAGCACCAGUUGCAAUCGAAAGGCCAGACAUGAGCAAUGUAUUGGCAGAACUAAAGGAAUGUUUGGCUCAGGAAAGAAGUCAAAUGAUUGCAACUAAAGGCUUAUCGAAAAGAACCCCUUCAGAGCUUGAAUCUGAAUUUGCUCCCCAUGCUAGAUAGUUAUUAAACAAAUUGUUGUCAAGAGUUCCUUCCUUCUAUGCAAUAUGAGAAGUUAGUUUGUAUUACAUCAGUCAUUUUCAAA